GCAUCCUCUCAUCCAUCUUGCAACAAACCAGCCAACACUUCCAUUCCAGGCAUCGAUCAAUCAUGGCUUCUUCUGCUUCUCAGAUGAAGCUCUCCCUUGCUCUUCUCCUCCUCUGUGUCGGUGCUUGCGUUGCUCGCAACAGCGACUUCUCCAUUGUCGGCUACUCCGAGGAGGACCUGUCGUCCAACGACAGGAUCAUCGAGCUGUUCGAGAAGUGGCUGGCCAAGCACCAGAAGGCGUAUGCGAGCUUCGAGGAGAAGCUGCACCGGUUCGAGGUGUUCAAGGACAACCUGAAGCACAUUGACAAGGUCAACCGUGAGGUGACCAGCUACUGGCUCGGCCUCAACGAGUUUGCCGACCUCACUCACGAAGAGUUCAAGGCAACCUACCUGGGCCUCGCUCCUCCGGCGCCGGCUCGGGAGAGCCGUGGCAGCUUCAAGUACGAGGAUGUCAGCGCCGAUGACCUGCCCAAGUCAGUGGACUGGAGGACGAAGGGCGCAGUGACAGAGGUGAAGAACCAGGGGCAGUGCGGAAGCUGCUGGGCCUUCUCGACGGUGGCGGCGGUGGAAGGCAUCAACGCCAUUGUCACGGGCAACCUGACGGCGCUGUCAGAGCAGGAGCUGAUCGACUGCAGCGUCGACGGCAACAACGGCUGCAACGGCGGCCUCAUGGACUACGCCUUCUCCUACAUCGCCUCUAGCGGCGGCCUGCACACCGAGGAAGCGUACCCGUACCUCAUGGAGGAAGGCAGCUGCGGCGACGGCAAGAAGUCCGAGUCUGAGGCUGUGACGAUCAGCGGCUACGAGGACGUGCCGGCCCACAAUGAGCAGGCGCUGAUCAAGGCUCUCGCCCACCAGCCCGUCUCCGUUGCCAUUGAGGCCUCCGGCAGGCACUUCCAGUUCUACAGCGGGGGAGUUUUCGAUGGUCCGUGCGGCACACAGCUGGAUCAUGGCGUGGCUGCGGUUGGGUACGGGUCGGACAAGGGGAAGGGCCACGACUACAUCAUCGUGAGGAACUCGUGGGGCGCCAAGUGGGGCGAGAAGGGGUACAUCAGGAUGAAGAGGGGCACAGGCAAGGGGGAGGGCCUCUGCGGCAUCAACAAGAUGGCCUCCUACCCAACCAAGGACAACUAACUGAUCCAACUACAAUGUCCCAGAAGCUCAAAAUGCUGCAUCCAUCCAGAUGAUAAACUGAAGAUUCCAGGCCAUCCCUUCCAAAGUUGUUUCCCCUGCAAUUUCCCUUUGUUUUUUUUUACUUUGUGUUCUCAUCAUUCAACGGUUUUCUUUCGGUUUAAAACAACGGAGAUGACUUAGUGGAUGGAAUAAUAAACGUUUCUUUUUCAAUCUUCUGUUGA